AUGACAGUAGGCACAAGACGAAUUUUAGUAAAAGAAGUGACUUCUCUGUUUGAAUUGAAGCCAGGUGUUAUUGAAGAAGCGGAUUUGGUAGCAAGUGGAAUGACCCUACCACAGCAACAGCAGCAUCCUGUGUCGAAAGGAACAGUGGAAAAUGAGAUAGAAGCACCACCUUUCAAAUAUCCUAAAGAAGAAUUGAAUGCACCAGUGGGUCUGGUGAUUCAUAUGUUGGGAUUGAUUGUCCGAUAUUUAGGGAUUAAGCUACCUUUUCUGAUCUUCCACAAAGAGACUCGACCCUACAUCCGCAUGAUUCCACCGAAUACGCCGCAGCUUUGGGACAAUUACAACAAAAUGCCCUUAUUUCUAGAGGAGGAUGACAAGAAUUUCAAACGAUUUGUCAUUGGUAUGGCUAUGCUGAACUACAACCUAGCCUACCUCUGCUAUACACAAAAUGUAAAGAUACCCCUAAGCCAAGUAGCCAAUACACUACAAAGUCUAAUGGCUUGCUGUCGAGCACCCAAUCUAGGCCUGUAA